AUAUAUAUCUUACUCAUUCUUCCAACAAAACCCUCGUAACACUUGUAUAAAUACCCCACUCCAUGCAACUAUUCUCUUUGGCUAUGCACUCUUUCUCCCCUUACAUCUUUACACACCAUCUUAAUUUUCAUCUCGAAACUCUACUUCAUCUUCACUUUCAUCUCAAAUCUCUCGGUAACUCAAAAAUUCACAAAGUUUUAAUACAUACAACAUAGUUAUAUGGAAGAAGUACCCGAGUCUGAAACUCGACAGAACUAUACUAGAAAUAAGCAAAGUCACCUUAAAAUCUUCGGCUUCAAUGUAAAAGAAGUUGAAGAAGAUGAAGCUGGUGAGGCCGAAGGAGUUUUAGCCCUUUCGGCCUCAUCUGAAGUCGGUGGCUUCGGAGCCACCGACGCUCGAAAAUACGAGUGCCAAUACUGUUGCCGUGAAUUCGGCAACUCACAAGCCCUAGGUGGUCACCAAAACGCUCAUAAAAAAGAGAGGCAACAACUAAAACGUGCGCAAAUGCAAGCAACGCGAAACGCCGCCGUUUCGUACAUGCAUAACCCUAUAAUCGGUGCUUUUUCUCCGCCGCACCACCUCCUCUCUCCGGCGGGACCCACCUUCCUCCCGACGUCGCCUUCGUGGGUUUAUGUUCCACGCGCCGCCGCGCCGUUUCAGGUGUCGCAUGGGUGUGUUUUUCCUUCGUAUCCUGUCGGAAGAGGUGCAGGGAAGUUAAUGUAUGCCGGCGGAGCAGGUGAUCCGGGUGGGAUGACUAAUGGUGGGGCUCAGCAAAGUGGGGUCUACCAAGAUGGGCCUUCACUUAGUAGGUUUUCUAGAGGGGAUAGUGGGCCCAGUUUCGAUGAUGCACUGGGCUUGGAUUUACAUCUCAGCCUUGCCCCAGCUAGCCUUGACUAAGCACUGGCUUGUAGCUUUAGUUGUACCUUGAUAUAUAAAUAAUCAAUUUUACCGCUGCUAGAUUAUUGUAUAUGUAUAUUUCUUUCUGCUCAGGGUUCUAGAAAUCGUCGAUUAUUUGAGA